AUGGUCAUCGAAGAGCCACUGCUGGUGGAGUGCACGGUGUGUGGUCGGCGCCCACAGAGGUCCUGGAAUACAGCUGUGAGCCAGGGCCUGGGCCAGGAGACCUGGUUCUGGGCAAUGAGAACAAUAACCUAUUGCUGUUGCCAAGUGAGCCCAACUGGCCACCGGCAGGGACUGAUGCCAAGAGCCCAGUCUCACAACAUUGCCCAGAUAGCCAUCCAGGAGCAGAAGCUUUGGGCUGUGUCAGUUCCAGAGUCUGGGAAGUCCAGCAUCAAGACUCUGGCAGAUUCAAGGCGACGGAGUCCAGGGAGAGCAGGAGAUAGAAGUGCCGUCCACCGAGGGCAGCCUCCUGGGCAGACAGCUGAGCAGAGAGUGGGUUGGGGUGGACUGAAGAUCUCCAUCUUCAGGACCCACGCGGAGGCCCCCGUUCCUUCUGGGGAACCUCACACAAGGGCAGGUUUCUCUCUCAGAAGAAAGGUGCUUGCUUCAACCCAGGAGUUCUCCCUGUGGGAAGGGGUGAGUCGCUACCCCCCACCCCCUCCCCCUCCCCCCUCUUCUGUCCUUUGCUGCCUUCUCUCCGGACCAGGUAAGGGUGCUGCUUGCUUUCCUGGCUUAGUGGCAGUCAGGGGCUGUGGGGAUGGGGUGUCUGCUGUCUUCACCGGCGAGGAAACUGCUUUCCUUGAAGCCAGUUUUUCUAGCCCCGGUGCCCCUGCUCCCACCUGGAACCCGCCCUGUUUCCUGACACUGUCCGAGUCCGGAGGAAAGGGGAGGGGCGCAAGACACAGUGUUGACAGGGAGCAGCGAAGGCUGACACUCCCCAGGGGUCAGCCUGGCCCUCCCCGGGCUCCCUGGGGGAGGAAGUUUGUUCCCGAACAGAAGCCGAGGCCUCUGGCUCUGGUCCCCGCAGGCUGGAGAUGGGCCAGUGGCACCACCUGCCCUCCUUCCCCGCCAUCGUCCGCGAUGCACCUGCUGGGCUCCGAACCGGCCUGGAGUCUGAGAAACCAGAUCCCUACCUUGUUCCUCUUCACUGAGGACACACAAAAGCCUCCCAUCUGGACAGUGAAAAGAACAACCAGGUCAUGUUUCCACACACGCCCCAGGGAGCAUUUCUGGGGCAGCUAAGGGGAGCCUCUGGGGGAGGGGC